AUUCGUCCUCGCCUCUUUCAUCGCCACCUUGCUCUCUUCUUCACUAUGCGCAUCUCACUCUCUGCGCUCGGUCUGUUGGCUACUCUCGCUGUCUCUUCAGCUCUUCCUGUCGAUUCCUUCCACGAAGACGCUGCUGUCACCACCACCACCACCAAACACACCACCACCACGACCCACACCUCCACUCACACCUCCACUCACACUUCCACUUCUACCAAACACACCACCACCGCGACAAAGACUUCCACUGCAGCCGCUUCUCAUUCCACUGCUCCUUACGGAAGAGAAAUCUCUCUCACCAGCCAGAGCGAGUUCUGCUUGUUCUUGCCUCCCGCUCCCGGUGAUAUCGUUGCCACCACCGAGACCACUGGUGUCCUUUUCUGUGCCAAGGGAAGUUCCGAAGCUCCUGGAGCAAAGACUUUCCCCAGUGGAUUUAUCACCACUAGCCACUACCUCAAAUCUUCCAGUUACGUUCAAGUCACUGGUUUCUUUGAUCGCACCAAGUAUUCUCUCAAGUCUACCGAUGGAGGUGGUCAAUACGAUAACCAUGGUAACGGUAAGCCUACUGGCGCUCAGUGCAAGGGUUACAACUACUUUGUCUCCCUAAUUGAACCCGAUGUCGACCGCUUCUGUAUUCGUUGCUGUCAAAACAAGACUGACUGUAACACCGGAAGAUCCGGAUACGGCUGUCUUCGUGUUGUUGCUGGUGAUUACAGCGUUUCCACUUCUCACGCCAACACUGACUUUGGCAGCGUCUUGGAUGAGUUGACUGGUUACAGCCACCUGAAUGUUAUUGAAUCUCCUACCAACAACACUCAAAACUCCCCCAUCCUUGCCUUCCCUAACGAGAUUGUCACUCUUGAGACCAUGGGAGACGGUGAGCGCACAGCUGACCAGAUCAAGACUGAAUGGACCACUUUCAUUAGUAAGCUCGUAACUGAGUAUCCCAACAAUGCUGCUGAUAUUCAAAAGCUUGACGCUGUCACCGCCAGUAUCACCGACGUUGCGGGGUGGGAUCAGUUUAUUGAGUUAUUGAAGGCCAAGGUUGAUGCUUACUUGUACCCUAAUGACACCACUGAAACUGACACCACUGGAACUGACACCACUGGCACUGACACCACUGGCACUGACACUACUGGCACUGACACUACUGGCACUGACACUACUGGCACUGACACGACUGGCACUGACACCACUGGCACUACUACCGAUGAUGUUCAUACCAACGAAUGGCACGAAGAUGAUGUGACUGAAACUUCAGGCGAUGAUAGCAGCAGCAACGACGACGACACCACCGGUGACCAAACCAUUUCCGACACAUACACCGACUAUGUCACACUCGAAGAUCUUGACACCGAGUUGAACUCCAAGUUCGAUACCUUUAACUCCAAGAUUCUUAGCGAGAUCCAGGACUUGCUCAACAACUACAACCCUACCGCCAGUUGUCCUACAUUUCUGUACGUUUACAUAACUUCAUACAUACACUCAUUUUCUCAGUAUCUCCGUUGCAAUUAUUGGUGCAACCCCACCCACCCACAUUAUAAAGUAAAAUACCCCACGCAGAGCCGAGAUAAACUCACUUUGCUGGAUCAUGAAAUGGCAUGGUGUGUAUAGUUGAAGCCGGUGGAAGCGCUGCUGGCCGAGACGAGAAUCUAGAGUGUCUGGAGGAAUUCCGUCACCGCUGCUGUAGUACAAUCGAUCACACGGAGAAAGACCGACCGUGCGACAUGAGCAGGAAUGAAUUGAGAUUUAUUUGUAAGUUUAAAGAAGACGACCACAAGCAAGAGGGAAUAUUUGGUUUGAGUGGAAUGUAUGUGGUGAAGAGG